AUGGACAACAAGAGUGCGCAACCACGCCCGGAUGCGCCGCGCCGAACGACGCAUCCUGCUGCAGUAUUGAAGAAGCCGUCUGUUCCUGCGGCCCUCACCAGCGACUCUCCCAGCUAUCCUCGCCCAACUAUCAACAAUCCCAGCAGCGCCAGUAGCAGCAGCAGUCCUGCCAGCUACAGCUCCAACAGCCUGCCCCUGCGACCGCGCAACCAGGUUCCCUAUACAAGGCCUCAUCUACGUUCCAGAUCACACGCUUCUGCGCUUGCUCCUCCCAUGGCGCCGCGAGCACAUUCGCUUCCUUCGGUGCAUUCGGCCGGCCACCAAUAUCCUUCUUCUCCUUCAGCAUCGCCUUUGUUGCGGCCUUCGAGCCCCAUGUCCUCUUUGUCGCCGCGCCAGCCAUAUUCACCAAAAAUGCGACCAUCUUCUCCUUUCCGUCCUCGCUCGCCCUUACCUCUAGACGAAUCAACCUAUAUCCAACAACCUUCUUCCUACGACGGAGCCUUCCAAAGCAUCUCCGAGGAUGCUGAGCUCAACAUAACCCCAAGAUCUCAUCUCGACAACCCGUCACACACGACUCCGACAUUUGGACGCUCACAAUCUCUGCGCCGACAACGACCAUCUUCACCUCUGCAUUCACUCACUCCUUCGGCUGCUACAUCCCGUUCGGCAUCCGCAACUUCUUCACCCUCAGUCACAACUCGCUUCAACGAAAAUUUUCCUCCGCUACAUCACUACUCCAGCAAUUCUUCCUUUUCAAGCAUCUCUACCACACCAUCCUCUGCUCGCUCCCGAUCUCCCAGUAUUUCGUCCCUCGAGACAAUUGAAGACAACCCUGAUCUAGAAUGGGAAGCUAUCGAGGCCGACCGCGCGGCCAAGCAACGCGCCGCAGAAGAAGCUGAAGAACAAGGCGAUGACAACGAACCAAGACGAAGGGGCAGUUUGGAUCUUCCAGGCCACAGAAGUGUUGGUUUCGGAUUCGGCAGAAGGGGAGGAGAUGCGAAUCGAAAGAGAUGGAGUAUUUGUGGUGGUGAGAGGACCGUUGAUUUGGACCUCGAGACCAUCUGGGAAGAUUGA